AUUAUAACAAUUUGUAAUCAAAACAAAACAAAAAGUGAAAAUAUACAAAUUUAAGAAAUUAGCUUUAAAAUGAGUAGUAGUUAUUAUUUUGCAAUCGUUGGACACAAUGAUAAGCCACUGUUUGAGCAAGAGUUUGUGAAUUCAAAAGAAGUGAAGAAAGAAGACCAUCGUCAUUUGAAUCAAUUUAUAGCUCAUGCAGCAUUAGAUUUGAUAGAUGAGCAUAAAUGGCGAAGCAAUACGACGUAUUUGAAGAAUAUCGACAAGUUUAAUCAAUUCUAUGUAUCAGCUUUUGUGACUGCAAGUCAAAUAUGUUUCGUGAUGGUGCAUGAUACUCAAAAUGAUGGUAUUAAAAAUUUCUUCAAUGAAAUUUAUGAAAUAUUCAUUAAAACAACUCUAAAUCGUUUCUAUGUUAUCAACAGUUCAAUUACAAGUCCGCAGUUCCAAAAGAAAGUUGAACUUGCAGGGAAGAAAUAUUUAUGUAAUUAAUUAAAAAUCAUAAGCGUAACUUGAUUCAAUAAACUUUUUGUUGUCCUUUAUUUUUUAAUAAAACUAGUAUUAUUUUGAGUUAAACGAAGAAGUAUUAAUCCGAUGUUAACAAGUAAAA